CUUAACUCAAGUUUUCUCAUCCCUUUUCUCUAUCAAGAUGUUGCUUCCACGGUGUUCAUGUUUAUAUUUUGCUCUCUGGCUGUGCAGUUUUCAAUUAGGAUUUGCCAAUGAAAACUUCCUAAAAUAUGUUAAGGGGUCUAAUCCUCACAGAAAGACACUGCCUUACAGAACACUCCUUAUUGAUAAGUCAGGCCAUGGGAAUUUUUCUAGUAUACAAUCUGCCAUUGAUUCAAUUCCAUCAGACAAUAAGAACUGGGUUUGUAUCCACGUAAGGGCUGGAACAUAUAGGGAGAAGGUUAAGAUCCCUUACAACAAACCAUAUAUCAUUCUCAGAGGAGAGGGGAAAAGAAGGACAAAGAUUGUUUGGGAUGAUCAUUUUUCAACAGCACAGAGCCCCACUUUUGUUUCUUUAGCAGAUAAUAUUGUAGUCAGAAGCAUUAACUUUGUAAACUCCUAUAAUUUUCUACAUGAUAACAACCCAAGAUUGCCAGCAGUAGCUGCUAUGAUAACCGGGGACAAGACUGCAUUUUACCAAUGUGGGUUUGCAGGGGUGCAAGACACACUGUGGGAUGAGGCAGGCAGGCAUUACUUCAAGCGUUGCACCAUUCAGGGUGCUGUUGAUUUUAUCUUUGGAAGUGGCCAAUCUAUUUAUGAGGGUUGCUCCAUACAAGUACUUGAAGGAGGGUUCAUCACAGCACAAGGAAGAACGAAUCCAAGUGAUGCAAAUGGGUUUGUGUUCAAGGGGUGCAAUGUAUUUGGCAAAUCUUCAGUUUACUUGGGAAGGCCAUGGAGAGGUGAUUCUAGGGUCUUAUUUUACAAGUCAAAUUUUUCAAAUAUUGUAGAUCCCGAAGGAUGGAAUGCUUGGAACUUUGUUGGCCAUGAGAACCAAAUAACAUUUGCUGAGUAUGGCAACUUUGGGCCAGGAGCUGAGAUUUCGAAGAGGGUUAGCUGGGCAAAUAAGCUAAGCCCUCAAUCCUUGGAAGAAUUAACCAGCAUGUCUUUCAUUAAUGCUGAAAACUGGAUCGAAAAACAACCUGUUUAGAUCCAAGCAGAUAUCUUGUGUCAUACAAGUCCCUCGAAGUCGUUUUUAAAGAACUUUUCAGGCAAACUAUAUGCUUAUUUUCCUUUUUCCAUGAAUGAAUGCAAGCUCGUUUUAUCAGAUGUUGAAGCAGUGGAGUGAACAAAGCCAUAAAAACCCUUGGAUCCAUCAUGUACACCAUUUGUGGAAAAGGUCCCGAGAAUGAAGAGUCCUUGAUGUUGUGGAUCCUACUUCCUACGCUGAUAUAGACUAGUACAAAACCUGUGCAGCAGAUGAUGCAUUGGGUUCAAUAGGCCUGCAGAAACAUGCAACCUCGAGUAAAAGUGCACCAGAAGCUUGAAGUUGAAAUGCGAAGAUUUUACUUAUUUCAUUACAAGCAAAUGGAUGGUUAAUCUACAUAUGAGUAGGUCAAUAGUGUUGUAUAUUCUUGCAGGUGCAUUCAGCAUUAUGUAGUCCAGUAUGCCUCUUCGCACAAGU